CAGAACAAAGGGGUGCAGUGUAGAGUGCCACAUAGAUGAACACAGAGGGGUGCAGUGUAGAGUGCAAGAAAGAUGAGCAAAGUGGGGAAUAACAUUGUAUAGAUCCCUAUAAAGAGUGCAGCAUAGAAAAAAUCAUAUGGGAACUGACCAGAUCCCUAUGAGAGAGAGGAGUGCAAUGUAGAGUGCUGCAGUGUAUGCAUGAAGUGCAGAGAUUGCUGGAGCUGCAGUAGGGCAGAGGUGAGAAGAAUUCCUAGGACCAGUAGUGAUGAGACAAUCCAGGAUGGAUGAAGAAGAAAGCCAUAGAACACCCAGGCUUAUUGUCUUCUGCUGGGAGAGGGAAGAUGCUCAUUGCUACAAUUGAGGAAUAAUCCACAUAGGGGCAAAUGUAAGAUGCCUGGACGUCUGAAGACGGCCCUGAGGAUCUUAGGCACAAGCCUAUUUGCUGUGCUGGUGUUGGGGGGUAUCCUUGCGGCUUAUGUGACUGGGUACCAAUUCAUUCACACAGACCGCCAUCAUCUCUCCUUUGGGCUGUAUGGAGCUAUUUUGGGUCUGCAUCUCCUCACUCAGAGCCUUUUCGCUUACCUGGAGCACAAACAAAUGCGGAAAGAUGGCAAAGGACUUCCAGGAACCUCCAGGGUAGCCCUCUGCAUUGCAGCCUAUCAAGAAGACCCAGAAUACCUAAGGAAAUGUCUCCAGUCGGCCAGGCGGAUCUCCUACCCACACCUCCGAGUUGUCAUGGUGAUUGACGGAAAUUCGGAGGAUGAUAGGUACAUGAUGGACAUUUUUCGUGAGGUGAUGGGAUCGGAAGGCACUUGCUGCUAUAUCUGGGACAACAAUUAUCACUUUGCACAAGAAGAUGGUCAGGAGGGUGAGCGGGGAGUUCAGGAAAUGGUCCAGAAGUUUCCAUACACCUGUAUCAUGCAGAAGUGGGGAGGAAAGCGAGAAGUGAUGUACACUGCAUUCCGGGCUCUUGGAGAUAGUGUUGACUAUGUGCAGGUUUGUGAUUCGGACACAGUACUUGACCCAGCAUGCACUGCAGAGAUGUUGCGUAUACUGGAAGAGGACCCCAAAGUGGGUGGAGUUGGAGGAGAUGUGCAGAUCCUGAACAAAUAUGACUCCUGGAUCUCCUUCCUGAGCAGUGUGCGAUAUUGGAUGGCAUUUAAUGUAGAACGAGCUUGCCAGUCCUACUUUGGUUGUGUACAGUGUAUAAGUGGCCCUCUGGGAAUGUAUCGGAACAGCCUGCUGCAGUACUUCCUGGAGGACUGGUACCAUCAAACCUUCUUGGGUCAGAAGUGCAGCUUUGGAGACGACCGACAUCUCACCAAUCGAGUGUUGAGCAUGGGUUAUAGGACUAAGUACACAGCGCGCUCCAAGUGCCUGACUGAGACCCCCACUAAGUAUUUGCGCUGGUUAAAUCAGCAGACUCGGUGGAGUAAGUCAUAUUUUCGGGAAUGGCUAUAUAAUGCACUAUGGUUCCACAAGCAUCACCUUUGGAUGACCUAUGAGUCUGUGGUCACCGGCUUUUUUCCUUUUUUUCUUGUGGCUACAGUAGUGCAACUCUUUUACCGUGGUCGUAUCUGGAACAUAAUGCUUUUUCUUUUGACCGUGCAGCUAGUGGGAAUCGUGAAGGCAACCUACGCUUGCUUCCUGCGUGGUAAUGCAGAAAUGAUCUUUAUGUCCUUGUAUUCUCUUUUAUACAUGACCAGCCUGCUACCUGCUAAAAUGUUUGCGGUGCUCACUAUCAACAAGUCUGGAUGGGGAACCUCUGGCAGGAAGAAGUUGGUGGUGAACUUCAUGGGUAUGGUGCCAGUGUCAGUCUGGUUCUGUGUCCUUCUUGGUGGUCUUGUGUAUACAGCAUACUGCCAAAGCCAAGAUCCCUUUACAGAGACUGAACUAUUAUUCUUGGUGACUGGAGCAAUCUUAUAUGGCUGUUACUGGCUGGCAUUGCUCAGCUUGUAUCUGGCUAUAGUAGCUAGACGCUGUGGAAAGAAGCAAGAGCUGUAUAACUUGGCAUUAUCAGAAGUGUGAAUAAGGGGGAUUGAAUAGAAAUGUUUAAUAGAUGACUGGGAAUAUGGUGGAGCCAACCAAAUAUAACACCGGUAGGCUGUGCUUUUCAAAGAUGGUAAAGUAUGAUCCUAUGAGGUCUUCUUUUGGGAGUUGGGACAAAAGUAGAAGGACUCGUUUUGCAGAAGGCAGUUCUCACCAGCAAUGACUUACAGAGACUUUACUAUGCAAACAUAUACCUCAGGCAAAUCAACAUAAAGAGCAAUUUGCCAAAGCAAUAAGAGCCAUAGUUGGCCCAGCCUUAACAUAUCCAUAAAUGCCAUAAUGGUUAAUGGUACGGUGCCAUGAAUCUGUUAAACUGUGAGGAAGUUCUCACACCAGCAGCAGGAAGAGGCUACUUGAAUGAAGAUAUCUAAGGAUAAUGCCCAUAGGUCAUUACCCACAGCAAAUAGGUAGAUUCCUAGAGAAUAAUAUGAUCAUCAAAGGGCAUAACAUUAUACAAUGGAGCCUCUAAUACCAGGCUGCCGGUUACACGGAGUAACAGUGACACUGAGUAAUCUGUAGUCAUAGUUAUUUCUAACAUAAAUGAGAUUUACAUGGCAUUGGUUCAAAAUGUUUAUGGUUACAUAUCUGAGAAAUGUAAAAGCAGACCUGAUGUGAUAAAGAUUCUCAUUUCAAUAACAUAUAGGGAUUAGUGCAAUAAGAUGUAAAUUUAUAAAAACCUUCCGUACUUGUGGAUGGGAGUUUUUAUACAAUAGUGGCACAACUAGUUAUGUCUGCUUCUGGGAAAGCUGAGUGACAACCGAUAUGAUCACCAAUGGACAAGAUACAGUUAAAGCUCUCUGUGAAGUCAAAUGUAUCCUAUCUACUCACAGUUAAGAAUGUUUUUACCGUUACAGUGGGAUUUUUUAAUCUGAUGAAUUUCAAUUUUAAAUGGAAGCUGUCAUCUGCAUAUUGCCUCCCAAACUGGCCCACAGUACCUUAUACAUCUGAUAAAUUGCAUUCGGACCAUGUUUUCAUAUGUAUCAUGUGAUGCCACUAUCAGCAGGAAAACAAGUUGGUGCUUUUGCCACAAGCAAAUGAGAUGUAUCUAGUCACGGUGAAGGGUCUGUGGCUGCUUACAGUAAAGAUAGCCCCACCAUCAUCACUCCCAGCCAUGCUUGGUUGACAACAUCCUUGAGUGUAAAGAGUGUCUCUGCAUUCAUGGACGCAAAGACAUGGAAUCAGGCAUAGCUUGGGGUGAGGAUGGCUCAGCCAUAGUGACUGUAAACAGUCACAUCCCCUUCACGGUGACUGGAUACAUCUAAUUUGCGUAUGGCGUGAGUGCAGACCAAAAUAGUUUUUCUGCAGAUAGCCAUAGAAUUGAAUGGCACGUUUAAAGACAUGGUCAGAACACAAUUUAACUUACAUGGGCACUGUGAGAUUCAAAAACUUUUUAUAUGUUGUACAUCUUGGCAAAACAUCAACCUUUCUAAUAUACAUCAUAAGAAAAUGUUAUCUCCUUUUUAUACAA